UCGGUUUCCUCCGAGUCUAGCGCUACAUUGAUGGGAUACACCCGCAGUUGACAGAGUAGAUAUUUUUAGCGUCUGUGAUAAAACUUUUUAUAUAAAAUGAUGGUCUUUAAUAGACUAUAUUUUUUGACAAUUUUAAGUUUAAUUUUCGGUGAAUGUUUUGUAAGUGCAAUCAAUUUUGAUAUUAAAAAUGUAGUGAAUAUUAACUUAAAUCCAAAUGACAGAGUUGAAGGAUCGUAUUUUGGAUAUUCUUUGCUGUUGCAAAAAGGAUCUAGACCAUUGGUAAUAGUAGGUGCUCCAAAAUUAAGUAAACGUACUGGUGGUGGAAUAUUUGCAUGUGACAUUUUAAACAACAAUGGAUGCGUAAAGUACCCCAUAGAUAUUAAUAACAAUGGCACUUUCAAUGGUAACUUUUUUGGUUCUUCGCUAGAUGGCAGUGAUGAAUCUGGCGAUGCCUUUAUUGCGUGUGCCCCACGAAAAGUAUUACCAGUAGGAAGUCAGCCAAAUCCAAAUUACUUUUUAAAGGGAUCGUGUUUUUGGAAAAGGAACUCUUCGAUAAUUGAUGGACGAUACACCGAACUAAUUCCUUUAAGAAAAGAGAGUCCAGUCGGAAGGGUAGGAGCAGCGGGGGAGUACUACUAUGAUAAUGCUUUUGGACAAGCUGGAAUUGAUUUAUUUUAUAGCAGGGAUGAAGUUUUACUAGGAGCGACUGGCAUUAAAAACUGGAAUGGUGCCAUUGUUUCUCAGUCGUUAAACAUAGUAGCAAAUUACAGAAUUAUUCCGCAGAAGUCUAGUCCCAUUAUAACUGAAAACUACAGCUACUUAGGAUACAAAGUGGGCUGCGGCUUUCACGCAGAUUCAAGUUUUUUGUUCGCUGGAGCUCCAAGGGCAGAUAAUUUAUUGGGAAAAGUAAAACUUUUUCAUGAUCGAAACUAUGUCAACUACAGAAGCUUUAAAGGAGAGGAAAUGGGUGCCUAUUUUGGAUCUGCUGUCUUGGCAAACGACGUAAAUGAUGACGGAGCAGAUGAUCUUUUCAUUGGUGCUCCAACCGCUGCUGGAUCAAGUUUUGAGGAAGGCUGUGUUUACUUUUAUAAAAAUGCAGCUGGUACUCCAAUAAAAUUAGUUGGAACUGGAAGGCGAAGAGCUAGAUUUGGAACCAAUAUUGUAGCUUUAGGGGAUAUAAACCUUGAUUCAUUCAACGAUAUUGCAAUUGCUGCUCCUUAUGAAAACGAUGGUACUGGAGCGGUAUAUAUAUUUAUGGGAAGCAGCGACGGUAUCAAAAAUGUUUAUGGCCAGCGCCUAGUUCCAUCAAUGUUUGCGAAUCCUGCACUUAACGUCAAAGGUUUUGGAAUGGGCAUUUCAAGAGGAAAUGAUAUAGAUAGCAACGGUCACAAUGAUCUUGCAGUAGGUGCUUAUAAAAGCGGCCACGUCUUUGUUAUCCCAACUAAAUCUGUAAUUGAUUUCCGUACAGCUUUAGAAUCAAACAUGACUUCUAUCACCUCUAAUGACAAUAUUUUAAACCUAAGAUAUUGCAUUGAUUUCAAAGCUAGAAGCGAAGAAAGCAACAUAGAGUCGGUGGAUUUUAUGUUUGAACUGACCAUGGAUUAUAGAGUCAAAGGAUCAAAACUUUACACUGAAAAUGUCACUGUGUUUCGAGAAAAGACUUUGUGUAAAACAUUGGAUAUCAACCUUGAGCAAUCUCUAGCUGACGUUCUACCCUUUACUUUUAUAUUAAAUACUCAACCUAGUGAUAAAGUAUUUGCGGAGGGCAAAAGCAGGACAGAAAGAUCAAUUCCUUACUCGCAUGGCUGUGGAACUGACAAUAUUUGUCAAACACAAAUAUUGAUUGACGUCUACUCUGACACAAAGGACAUUAUUUUGGGUUCAACUAAAUCAGUUAGUGUUAACGUAAAUGCCGAAAAUGUUGGCGAACCCGGAUAUCAGUGCAAGCUUUAUAUGGAAGUACCCAAAGAACUUGAGCUUAGCCAACAAAGAAAAUGUACGUUAGAAAAUUCAACAUAUAUUUGUCCAUUCGUUUCGAGACUAAAUGUUUCAGCGGAAAAACAGAUAAAUUUUGAUGUACAUGAAAUUGAUCCAACUACACUGGAAUUUGACAUUUCCUUUGAAAUAAAAUGUUUGGGAGAAAACAUUGAAAAUAAAGACCUGGUAAAAUUCAAUAUUAUUGUACAAAAUAAUCCAUAUAUCGAAGGUAAAUCUGAUCCAGAAGAUUUUGAAUACAAUGAUGAAAGCCCCGAAGAAGGAGAGAGCGAGGUUAUACUCCACCAUAUGUUUACACUCGGAAAUUUUGGACCAUCUCCAAUUAAAACUGACGUUUAUCUUUUGAUUCCUCAAUUGCAAAUAAAUAAGGAAGAUGUGUUCCAAUUAGUUGAAGCAAAGGGUAUUCUAGAAGGCACCCAGAUAUCCUGCAUUCCAGGAAAUAUAACCGACAAUAGUGAUAAUACAGAUAACGUUAACUUGGAAGAAAAUUCAUCUACUAAUAGAACUGCAUCUAUGAAUUGUUUUGGACAGAACAACUGCUUAAAACUGUUUUGCGAAGGGGAUUACUUAGAUUCGUCCUCAGCAACUGCAAAAUACAGUUUAAAAGUGAAAACCAGUACAAAAUUAUUAGCAAAUUUUCUUAUGGAACUCCCGGAUAACAAAAAUAUACUGGCUUAUACAACAUCGGCUUUUGUUUAUAAUGGAACGCGGGUUGAAGGCCAUGCAACGACUUUAUUAUUAUCUCUACAUGCGACACGAGUUCCUCUUUGGGUAUACGUUGUAUCUGGAGUCGUAGGAAUUUUGCUCUUGUGCUUGCUAGUCUUUAUUUUUUACAAAUGUCACUUUUUCGACCGUCGCUAUAAAGAAAAAAUGAAUGGGGAGCGCCUGAUGGAUCAAAAUAUUGAAAUGGUACAAGAAAACCCCAACUCCGAGCCAACCAAAGAGCAAGACGAGGAGUCACCAAAAGGUGAUAUCUAGUGCUGGAAAAGUUAAAAGCAAUACUCAAAACAAACAAAAGUGCUCGAAGUUUACUUUGUAUAGGGUGAGGCAGAUAAAGGGCCUAUUAGAAAUAUCUCGAGAACUAAAGGCAACUGAAUUAUGAAAAUUGGAAUAAGGGGGUUUUGAAGACUUAUCUAUUUAAUAAAAAUAUUGUCAUCUAUUUGGCACUUCCGGUUAUACCGGAAGUUGCUUAUAACUUCGUUUUUUUAAAUGGGACACCCUGUAUAUUUUUAUAUUUUUGGAUUCUCCUCGAUUUCUUCCUUCUUAAAAUAUAAGGUUUUGUAACUUUAUACAGGGUAGGUUAAAAGCUAAUUAUGUUUUCUUACUAAUUUCGUAGCAAUAUUCACACCCUGUAGGAUUGUAGUAGUUUGACAUAAUAAACUCUAUUUAUGUUGAAAUGAGUUUUAAUAUAGUCUACUAUUGUUAACAAUUAUUAGUAUAGCUAAAUUUUUAAUUUUAGUAUACAGGGUGGGUCGAAACUCGGAAUGAGUAUUUUCUGAGUUUUCUUAAAUGGAACACCCUAUAUUUUAGUAUUGUAACGAAAUGAUAUUUCAUGAUACUUUUUUACUUUUUAAGCAUUCCCUAUAGCUAACUGCUUUAAUUUGUGCUUAAUUGUUAAUCGCACCAACAAUUUUAACUUCAAUUGAAUUUUGAUAGCUCAACCAUUAGUGGCAAUUUUAAGUAUCAGUCUAGAUUAAUAUGUACUUAUUUCCAAAAAAUUAUUCGUGAUUGAAUAUUUUCACGGCCAACCUAAUACAAUUUCACGUAUUUUGUGUUGCAAUUAAUGUUUGGCUUGAAUCACCAAUAACUCACAAAUUAAAGCAGUUAGGUAUAGGGAAUGCUUAAGAAAUUAAAAAGUACCAUAAAUAGCAUUUCAUUACAAUACUAAAAUACAGGGCGGUCCAUUUAAGAAAACUCAGAAAAUACUCAACCCUGUAUACUAAAAUGAAAAAUUUAACUAUACCAAUAAUUCUUAACAAUAGUAGACUAUAUUAAAAAUCAUCUGAACAUAAAUACAGUUUAUUAUGUCAAACGACUACAAUCCUACAGGGUGUGAAUAUUGCUACGAAAUUAUUAAGAAAACGUAAUUAUCUUUUAACCUAUCGUGUAUAAUAUUAUAAAACCUUAUAUUUUAAGAAAGAAUAAAUCGAGGAAAAUUCAAAAAUGUAAAAAUAUAUAGGGUGUCCCAUUUAAAAAAAUUAAGUUACAAUCAACUUCCGGUAUAAACGGCAGUAGCAAAAAGACCAAAAUAUUUUCAUGAAAUAGUUCACACCUCAAAACCCCUGUAUUCCAAUUUUCAUGAUUUUCUUACCUUUACUUCUCGAGAUAUUUAUAAUAGGCCCUUUAUCUGCCUCACCCUGUAUAUAGAACACUUCCUUGUAGAAUAUUUAUAGAACACUUUUUGUAUUGAGAACGCUUUUUACAAAGAAAGAAUAAAUAUGAUAGACAGUAGAAUAUAGCACAAUAUAGAUAACUAUUAUUUUUAAUAUAUUGUUUGUGAUAUUAUGA